CUCGGAUUCCGAUUGGUGGAUUGAUUUGUCACGUGAGCGGCCCAGUUCCUCGCGGCGGCGGUCGCUAAGGCAGUUGGUGGAAGUAGCGCUAGUUUUUAGCGGGCUGGCGGUACCCGUUGGACAGGCUCUGCAGCAUAGCUGGAAAAAACAGCAGUUUACUGAAUCUCUUUAUUACCAACAUCGGACUGCACAUGCAGAUUAAAAUAUGGCAACAGAGAUCAACUUUCUAAGAGAUCAAAAUCAGAGACUAAAUGCGGCACUCAGACAGCAUCAAGCAGAGAACCUUCUGAGAACUACCUCUGUGCAAAAAAAUGUCCUAAGGGGUGAUGACACACUGAAACCCUGGCUGGCUGACCAAAGCUUACUGUUCCCUCUAAUUUCUGAGUAUGAUAAACAUCUGGAGGAAAUGAGUGAACAGCUGCAGUAUUAUCAGGCACAGAUGGGCGAGAUGAGACUAAAACUUGAACAAGUCACCAAGGAAAAUGAAAGGCUGCAUGAGGAAUUGAAAGAGGCUGUUGAGAAGCAGCUGGAGGCCCUUCCUUCUGGCAUUCUCUUGGGGAGUGAUGUGUUUGCAGAUGAAGAAAUAGUAAGAAACCUUCAAGAUCAGUUACAACUAGCCAAUCAAGAAAAAGAGCAAGCACUAGAGCUCUGGCAGACAGUAUCACAGGAACUAGAUCAACUCCAGCAGCGGUACCAGGGGCACAUGACUGAAGCACAGAUUCAUGUGGUAGAAGGGCAAAAGCAAAAAGCUAACCAACAAUUUCUGAAAACAGUAACAGAACAGAAUAUGGAACUAGAACAGCUACGCAAACAACUGAGGCAAGCCAAAGUAGAUGUGAGAACAGCAACUGCUAAAGUUGAUGAAAUGACCAAAUUGUUAGUGGACCUUCAAGCCCAGAUGGAGAGAAAGGAAGAAGAUGUAGUAUCUGCUCAGGAGAGAGAGGAAGCAUCAGACAAACGCUUGCAGCAAUUGCAAUCUAGCAUAAAACAAUUGGAGACGAGAUUAUGUGUAGCUGUACACGACUCUGAACAGUUGAGAACAGAGAGGACUGCUCUAGAAAAACAAACUAGAGAGCUACAGGCAAAGUGUGCAGAUCUAGAAGAGGAAAAAUAUGAUGCUAUAGUAAAAGUCCGAGACAGCAUGCAACUCUUAGAAGAAGCUAACCUACAAAAAAAUCAGGCCCUGCUCGGAGAGAAGCAAAAAGAAGGGGAGAUAGAAAAUAUGAAAGAAGCAAUUUCUCAGCUUGUACAAGAUGCUGCUGCAAGAACUAAAAAGGAAGUAGAGAAUGCAAGGAAGCAUUACAAUAUACAGAUUUCUCGAUUAACAGAAGAACUUUCUGCUCUUCAAAUGGAGUGUGGAGACAAGCAGAGUCAAAUUGAACGGGCCAUUAGAGAGAAGCGAGCAGUGGAAGAAGAACUUGAGAAAAUUUACCGUGAAGGCAGAGGAAGUGAAUGUGAUUACAGAAAACUGGAGGAACUACACCAAAGGUGUCUGAUAGCAGAACGUACAAAAGAUAACCUUCAGCUGUGUCUACAGGCGGCACGAAACAAAAUUAAACAACUGGAAAUGAACUCCGAGGAAGAGAUAUCUCGUUGCCAGGAAAUGGUUCGCAAGCUGCAAAGCAUUCUGGAUUCUGAAAGAGAAAACUCUGGCUCUAUUAGUGAACAAAGACUAAAACUUCAUCAAGAAAAUGAACAGUUGCGUAAAGAAGGAGAGGACUUGAGGAAACUGGUCAUGGAGGCACAACAAAAAGCUAAAUUAAAGAUAAGCACAAUGGAACAUGAGCAUUCGGUGAAGGAGCAUGGGUUUGAGGUUCGACUGAAAGAGAUGGAAGUCACUAAUCGAAAUUCCACUGUUGAACUGAGACGUUUGUUGGUGGCUCAGCAAAAAGCAACGAACCGGUGGAAGGAAGAAACAAAGAAGCUUACAGAAACUACAGAAACCAGGAUCAAUAAUCUGAAGAUCCUCUUCAGCCUCAGGUCCAGAUCCUGUGCCUCAGGUCCAGAUCCUGUAUCUUAGGUCCUGGCAGACAGCACACCCUUUUGUUCUACAGAUCAGCUCUGGUGAUGGACUUGUCUGUUCUUCGUAAUUGGGAGUCACCAGUCACAUAGACUUGGUGUUGGUGUGGUUCUCUGGCCUACCUCCUAUUCUUUCUGACUGCAAGUCCUCUUGUUUUUUGUUCUCCCUUGCAAUCUUCUGCAAGUCAUACUGUAUGCUCAUGGGGUUCCAAACUCUAGGUAUCUCCGUUGACUAUUCCCCUCUUCUUAUAGGUGUAGCCACUCUUCCCUUCUUUCUAGCCCUCCCCACUUCAGUUACUACCUGCUGUGCCCUUUCUUCAUUUUCCAGCUCAGCAAACCUAUUCCUGAGCUCUACUUUUUCACUACCCAGUCUUUUUUUCCUCUGCUUGGUUCUCAUAGUCAGAUGCUUCCACUGGCCACUCUCCUCACCCAGCAGCCUCCCCUCAGAGUUCUUCAGUCCAGCUUGCAUCUGCAGAGUCUUGACUUUUCCUUUCAGCGUCCUGUCACCUUCCUUCUAUCGUCGGCUUGAAUCCUCUUUGAAACUCAACCAUAGUUUUCACCUGCAUCUCCACACCUCAGAUGUUCUCUUCCAUCAGCUCUAUUUGAUGGCACUUCAUGCAUACAAAGCUCUUUUCAGAUACCCACUCCAGGAUAAUCCACAGCUUCCACAUGUGGUCAUAUUCAUUGUUUCUUCCAUUCCUUGGGUCAUUACCAGUGCUGCCUUUGUAUCUGUCCUAGGAAAAAUACAAAACACAAACAAGCACCAAAACAAAACUAGAACACCACAGAAUCCCUCCCUAAAACUCCCACUCAAACUCCUCUGUUUGCUGCUUUUGUGCUACUGGCUGGCUGUUUGGCUGUCUUUAUAGGCCCCCAAAUCAGGCAAACCUCAUCGCCUAAUCAGGACUCUGCUUCUCUCACAACACACUGCCCCCCUACCAGCCUGUGCAAACUGAAAGCAAAACAAAAAAAAAACACAAAAACUUACUCACUGUCCCUAAGGAACAGCAGCUUGCCUUCUCCCUUCUCCAGCAGAACUUCCCACUCAGAUUCCCCUAUUUAUUCGGUAGUCAUUCUUGAAAAUAAGGUCCUCAUCCAUAUUAGAAUCUAACAGAUUCCAAAUAUUUAUUUAAAAAAUAGAGGCAAAGUCUUGCUUUGCCAUGAAUUAAGAAAUAUUACUGUUGAUUCAUCUAAACGUAAAAUAACGGAGUGGUGAAUGCCUCAAAAAGAAGGCUUAUAAUGGAAAAUCAACAACACCCUUAAGUAUAGCGACAUUGCAGAACUCCUCUGUGAUGAAACUCGUUCUAGCUAACCUUCAGCAUAGUAACCCAGGGCUUAGUCAAAAGGCCACUGAAGUUAAUGGGAAGACUGACUUCAGGGAGCUUUGGAUUGGGGUCCAAGUUUGGUUGAUCGGCACUCAGCUCUCAACAUAUUUUAAGGGCUAGAUGCCACCUGGUACAAAGUUAGGUUUUCCUUGAAGCUACACAAACUUUAACAUUCUUCUUUAAAUAGCUUUUAAAACAUAUUUCAACUUAAUCUCAGCUUCUGAUAGAUCAGCAGCAUUGUGAUCCUCCAUGCAGAUGGCUGCAGAUCCAUUUUGGUUUUUGUAAACUGAACAGAAAACUCUACAUUUAGCAGUAUAUCCUAGUAGAUAUUCACUGUGUUUUGAGGAUAGUCUGAGCUAUAUCUUGGCACUUUGAGAAAUUAGUGUUUGACAUUUGAGGCUCAGUUAUAUAUACGAGAAUAAAAAGAUCAUGUUAAUGGUGGGAUCAAAUAGAAUUUUCUUAUAAAAAGUUAAAUGAUUUCUUUUUAAUGUGCUAUAUAAUGUUAGGUAAGUUUGUUUCUCAUUAAUUUGCAACCUCCUUUACAAAAACAUAUUGUUCUAUGGCCUUUCUGUACCCCAGUUCACCAGAGCUCACUGUUACUCAGUGUUUUUCUUCACUGAAUCACUGACCCAUUUGCUGAUGGUUGAGUUUCUUAUACCAUUCCUUUGCCUUGAAUCCUGGCACUGUUCAUUGCAGAAUUUUCUCCGUGUGAUUUCAGUCUCUCCUUUCCAGGUAUUUGAAAUAUUUCAGCUUCUCCUCUUAUUUCCCAGCAGCAGCUAUUUAAUUUUCCAUUCCUUCAGUGUCACUUGUUUAUCCUCUUUUCAGUCCACAGAGUUCUCAGUAUAUAGAGGGAAAUCCAAAAAUUUUUUAAAAAUAAACAGUAAAUGAGACCUUUUAGCAUUACUGCUGGCUAUUUCAUUUCCUAACUUAAAAAGUAAGCUGUAUGGACAAAAAAUAGGUUUUGGAAUUUGAAAGUGAAAAACCAAGUGAGACUAUUUAAAAUAAUACUAGAUACCUUCUCAGGUUGGUUAUUUCAGUGAAGGAAAUUAUAUAAAUACAUGAUGAUAUUUGGCAAGUAUAUUUUUAUACCUCAAUGAAAAAAUGAUCCAGGAUUUUUCAGUUACUCAGGACUCUGUUCAGUCUGAGCUCAUGAUCAUCCCUGUCUUUCAAAGCUCAACUUAGGUUUGUGGCAAAGCACUCAUAAAUUAGAGGAUAGCAUUGUGAAUAUAUGUAGACUGUAUUCCAUAAGAACACAGUAUGGUCUCAUUUAUGUUAUGAAGUAAAUUAGCAAGCAGACAUCAUCUAAAGAUACUGUACACUUCUUAAAAGAAGAUUAUUGAUAUUGGGUUUCACCUUGGCCCAGAAUGAGAGCAAGGAGCUAGGACUGUUCCAAUAUACUAAUGUCAAAAGUCAGUCUUGGAGGCAACGAAGAAGGUCGGUGCUUCUUACAACAAAGGUUAUGCUUCCAAACAAAAACGUUAUGCUUGGCAGUAUAAUAGCUUAUGACCAUUUUUAGUCUUUUUACUACUGUAAAAAGACAAAAUAGUUCUGCAAAAUGCACCGUGGUGACUUUUGAGCGCUUCAGUUUAUACAUGUAUUUUGAUAAUUAUAAUUGAAGGUACAAUAAAGCAAAAUUAAAAUGCAGUGAACUUAGCAAAUGCUUAUUACAUAUUGUAAUAUUUAUAAACUAAUUAUGAAAGAGAAUGAAAAAGUUAAGUCAUGAAAAGAAAUAGAAUGACCAUUUUCAAGUAAUACAAGUUGUGAGUCUCACUCUGGAGACAUGCUUCCAGCGUGUCAGUUAGUGGGAACUCUCAAAGCUAUAACAUUUUGAGGUCUGUUGCUCUCCACAUCAACAGUCAUGAGGUGAAAAAAUAUACAAUAUUUACAUUUAUUAAAACAUUUGUAAGCUCUUCAGAGCAAGGAAUUUCAUUGUCUGUCUACCAAUGUGAUAUAUGCCAUCACGUGCCAGAAGUGCCCCUCUGUCAUGUACAUUGGCCAAACCGGACAGUCUCUACGCAAAAGAAUAAAUGGUCAUAAAUCUGAUAUCAGGAAUUAUAACAUUCAAAAACCAGUAGGAGAACACUUCAGUCUCUCUGGUCACUCAAUAACAGACCUAAAAGUGGCAAUUCUUCAACAAAAAAACUUCAAAAACAGACUCCAACGUGCAGGUUUUUUGCCGCCCCAAGCAAAAAUUUGCCGCCUCAAGCUCCGAGAGCGCAACUGCUCAAGCAAAAAAAAAAAGGGGGGGGGGGGCGGGGGUGGCCGGAAUGCCGCCCAAGGGGUGAAAAGAAAAAAAAGAUGGCCAGAAUGCCGCCCUUGGAAUUGUGCCACCCCAAGCACAUGCCUAGAGCCAGUCCGGCCAAUUUGAAACUGCAGAAUUGGAAUUAAUUUGCAAACUGGACACCGUCAGAUUAGGCCUGCAUAAAGACUGGGAGUGGUUGGGUCAUUACAAAACCUAAACCUAAUUUCCCCCAUACUGAUUUCCCCCUACUGUUACUCUCACCUUCUUGUCAACAGUUUGAAAUGGGCCACUCUCAUUACCACUACUAAAGUUAUUUUUCCUUCCUUGGUAUCCUGCUGUUAAUUGAAUUGUCUCGUUAGAUUGACCUCACACUUGGUAAGGGAACUCACAUCUUUUCAUGUAUUUAUACCUGCUCCUGUAUUUUCCACUCCAUGCAUCUGAUGAAGUGGGUUCUAGCCCACAAAAGCUUAUUCCUAAAUAAAUUUGUUAGUCUCUGAGUUGCC